UUUUUGCUUUAUUUCAGACUCUGCUGUUAAACAUCUUUAUAGUGAGUGUACAGGUCUGGUGGUGUAAGGGCUUCUACAUACCAGGGGUCGCACCUGUAGAGUUUAUCAAAGGUCAAGAUGUAGAUGUUAAAGGCGUGAAAUUAACUAGUGUACGGACCCAGCUUCCAAUGGAGUAUUACAGGGCCCCAUUCUGUGAACCUGAGGGAGGUGGCCAGUACAAGCCCGAAAAUCUAGGUGAAGUUCUUAGAGGAGAUAGGAUUGUUUCAACAGCUUAUAAGAUCAAAGCAUUGGAGGAUCAGACUUGUAAAUUACUGUGUACCGGCGACAAACCCAGCCAGCUGUCACUGAAACAGGCUAAAAUCCUCAUUGACUUGAUCAAGAACGAUUACUAUGUGCAUCUGUUGGUUGACAAUUUACCGUGUGCCACAAAGUUUGCUUUAAUUGACACACAAGAGAUCCAAUAUGAGCAUGGCUAUAGACUUGGUUUUGAGAAGGAUGGAAAGGCUUACUUGAACAAUCACUUGAAGAUUUUAUUGAAGUACCAUUUUGAUGUUAGUAGCCAGACAAACAGAGUAGUUGGGUUUGAGGUAGCCCCAGAAAGCCGUUCCGUAACAGAUUACGAGGUCAAGGAUGGUGCAUGUUCAAGUAAAGCCAGUCUUGCUAAAUCGGACCCAUCUCCUCUGCUUGUAGAGGCUAAAGAAGGAACAGAGGUUAUGUUCACAUAUGAGGUACACUGGGAGCAGAGUGAUAUAAUCUGGGCAUCAAGAUGGGACACCUACCUGGCUAUGAGUGAUGUACAGAUACAUUGGUUCUCCAUUAUCAACUCUGUUGUUGUGGUCUUCUUCCUCUCAGGUAUAUUGACAAUGAUUAUGAUCAGAACAUUGAGAAAGGACAUUGCAAAAUAUAACAGAGAUGAGGAUUUGAAUUUACCCCAUAGGUUGAUUGCUGGAUAUUUUGCUGCAAGAAUUUACAAAACGAUGAAGGGUACACAAUGGAAACAGUCCGCUUUACAGACUGCUACAUUAUACCCAGGACUUGUUUUUGGAAUAUGUUUUUUCCUGAACUUUUUCAUUUGGGGCAAACACUCAUCAGGAGCUGUACCAUUUACAACAAUGUUGGCUCUACUCUGUAUGUGGUUUGGUAUCUCAGUACCACUUGUGUUCCUCGGCUAUUUCUUUGGGUUCAGAAAACAGGCAUAUCAGCAUCCUGUAAGAACCAAUCAAAUUCCAAGACAAGUUCCUGAACAAGCCUGGUAUAUGUCACCAGGUCUCAGCAUCUUGAUGGCAGGUAUUCUACCAUUCGGAGCUAUGUUCAUUGAACUGUUCUUCAUCUUUACAGCAAUUUGGGAGAACCAGUUCUACUAUCUGUUUGGUUUCUUGUUUCUAGUGUUUGUCAUUCUCAUAAUUUCUGUAUCACAAAUCUCGAUUGUGAUGGUAUACUUCCAGUUAUGUGGCGAGGUAAGCUCUUCCAUUUUCUCU